AUGGCCUGCCAUGCGUCAACUCUGGAGAGCGUCGGUUCCGAAGAACGUCGACUCAAGCGAGCGUCGGCAUGGACUUUCGACCUGGAAGAUUCCAACUGCGAGGGUGGUUAUACCCAGCGUCAGCUCCCGAAGGAGCGUCAGCUAGAUGGGUGGUCGUGUGCGGGAGCCCCACCGCUCUCCCACACUGCUCCGGUUAAGGAGCUCCGCACAGCCGCGUACGGCCGCGCUGGCAAGUACUCGGAAUUAGAGAGGACAAAGGAGUUGUUCGGCAGUCCUAGCCUAGCUCUUGAUCGGCGGAAGAGCGACCUCUACCCACUCAGACACGCUACGACAGAUGAGCUCACAAGGGCUAGGACCAAGUGCCGCGGCGACCGCGCAUGGCGCCAUCUGUGA